AUGUCUAAGAGAGAUCGUGACGGUAACACGCGGACUUAUGAGCCCAAGCAGAAGCCGGUGGCGCCAGAGUCGCAGUUCACCCCCAUGUUCAUGAACUUCCGCAAUGAGCUCGACCAGCACCACGAUCGGAGAGAGCGCAUCAUCAAGGCGUCACGAGACGUCACUGCUUUGAGCAAGAAGAUAGUCAAUAAGCUGGGAGACCUCCCCAGCUUCGCAAACAAGGAAAUAGCCACACGCAUGGAAGAGAUCAAGAACCACCUCACCGCAAUCGAGGGAGAUAUCCAGGGCAUCAACCGAUACCGCUACGCCCACUCCCUUCGCUGCCUGGAGGAGCUAGUCGAAGCCCUCUCAUUCUCCCACUACCUCCGAACUCAGACCCUAAUCAGCCUCGACGAGACUGCCGCCGCAGUACCGGCCAAUGUCUCCAUCACCGAGAACGACUACAUGUACGGCCUCUUCGACCUCUUCGGUGAGAUGAUGCGUUUCGCCACCGUCACCACUGCUCAAACGGGCCAGCUGGCUGGCGUUGAGGGCCGCAAUAUUCUGAUGGACAUCCACGAACUGAGCAGCUGCUUCGAGAUUCUCCCAGAGAUUCCAACAAAGGACUUCAGGGGCAAGAUGGAGGUUAUGCGGCAGUCGGUGCGGAAGGUGGAGAAACUUGGCUAUGGAUUGGCGAUUCGGGGUACGGAACGGCCUAAGGGGUGGGUGCCUGAUAUGAAGGAGGACUUUGACCCUUCUUCUUUGGACUAG